CUGGUGGUCGUUGAAGUCUCCUUCCGAAGCCGGCUUUCAAGGCAGGAGCUAUAUUCAUAAUGUCUGAGCGGUCAUGUCCAAUGUCUGGAUCCGUUGGAUCGGGAUGUCCAGUGAACAGAGAAACACGUACGGGACCUAGAGGAUGCAACUUCAUGGCCUUCUCUCAACCAGGCGACCUUCGAGCCGUGUUCGAUGUUAGCCGUUACUCCAACGUAGUCCCUCUUUCUGACAAUUCCAGGGAACGAAAGGCAAUUAACGAACUGCUUUACUCGAAUGUCCUAGCCAUGGCUAAGAUUCAAGAGAUACAAACUUCUCAAGGCGUCAAAGCUCUUGAUUCUUUGAACGCCACGGAGCAAGAUCUUCUCGCCGUGGCUCUUGGUGCCCCAGCUCGUCAAGUACUCAUACGAGCAGAAGAAGUCGGACCUCGAACUGGUUGGCGAGACGGGUACUUAAGCACCGAGUAUGGCUUCACUCCACCAGAUGCAGACGAAGCUGCUGCCGCAUUGGCCAAAUCACCUGGCCGCGUGUGGUCGGACUUGUGUGAGCGAAUGCCCGGUUGUGUUGCCAGAGGAAGAGUCAGAGAAUGUGUAGCAGGACUUCCUGUCGUCGAAGGGACUGUUGAUAUCAUUCCAGACAGAGCACUCUGGGCUGCGCUCGUGGCUCUUGGAAUGUUGUGCUCUAUCUACCGGUACGAGGACAAGCACAACGGAAGUGAGGGUGUCCAUGUAUCUAGACAUGCUUCAUCUUUCCUUGUGGAGAUGAGUGAUGAGCUCGGUGACGAAGUCAAAGGUAUACCAAAGAGCAUCGGACUGCCUUACUACCAGAUUUGCAAGAGGAUGGGAAGAUCCAUACCACAUCUAACCUUUUUCGAUCAAUCCUCUUACAACCUCAAAGUGCGCGACCCCACAACGACAUACCCUUAUGUCGCUCGAUUCUCCAACACCGACCUGAGGUGGCCAAUGUUUGGUGACAGGUCCGAGAUAGCGUUCUUGAAGGGAUGUGCUGAUACAUCAGCAUCCUUCCAACAUGGAGUCGAUGCCAUUGCCAGCUGCCAGGAGCAUGUCAUGAGCAAGAACAAUGAAGGACUCCUUCGCGAAUUGAUUCGACUCAAAGAAAUUCUUGAGCGAAUGCCCAACGCCUUUCAUUCCAUCUCUCUCAAUCCAAGCUCGGGAGAGAAUUAUAUUUCUCCGGCAGAAUGGUUUCCACCGUAUCUCGUAAUGGAUGCGUUUCUGGGUCGCACGAAGUAUGAAUCAUUUCUGGGAGCCGAAGGUGUUCAUCUGAGGGCUUGGUUGCCAUCUAAUUGGAGAGCCUUUAUUGCUGCCAUCGAGUAUCAUUACCGCAUCCCGGACUAUGUUGCUCAAUCACAUGACCAGCGACUAAUUGGUGCACUGGAUGGCAUUGUCGAAGCUUAUACAGGUGAGCGGGGUUUUAUGGGGACGCACAGAUACAAAGUCUUCGGAUUAUUGGAAGUGGCAGGGAAGACAGGGCGUGCGGAGACAAAUGGGAUGUCAGGAGCCCCUGAUGCUGGAAGACCUUGGGAAGCUACUCACAAGGCGUUCUCUGACGCUAUGAAAGAGCGCUUGGAACCUCAUCGCGGAAGCCUUCAAGUCGAACCCCACCAAAUGCGAGGUACAUUCGCUGAAUGUAGGUACAAGGCCCGGGUCCUUGGGAGAUCAUUUGUCGAUGCAGAUCCAGAAAGAUCAAUUGCCAGAGUCACGCUGGACAUUCAGGAAACAGGAAUCACAUUCCAGCCUGGGGACAGACUUGCUCUGAUGCCUCUCAAUGGCUGGUUUGAGUGUGGAAAGAUUCUCGCGGCUUUAGGGCUUGAUGAAAUGAUUGAAAGUCCUGUCGCUAUGAACACUCAAUGGACAAGAUUCGCCCAACAUCUGGGCUCGGUAUCGAAAAUCCCAGCGCCAACAAUGACAGUGAAAGAUAUUCUACGUCGAGGACAUCUUGCACCACUUACCAAAGACCUCGUCGUUAAACUUCAUGCCAUGCUACGAGCAUCCUCUACCACUGUUCUCCAGGUUCUAGCAACAGAUGAAUGGCCAGUACGUGCGACUUUAGGAGAUAUCUUACAGGCUGCUGUUGUGGACACGCCCACUCAUAUCUGGGAUCAAGCUUUCGAUAUCACCACAGAUCUCCUCUGGCUCUCGGAAUUAACCCCGAUUGAAGUUCCAAGGACCUACAGCAUUUCCAAUUGUCCAGAUGAACUCCUUCCAAGCACAGUAGACUUGACAGUCUCUCGGUCUGAGUAUCCCCUUCAUCCCGCAAUCUCUGACCCUUCGGUUCCAACACGCCAUGGAGUCAGUAGUAGCUUCCUCAAUCCGCCUGUUUCCAGCCAAGAUGAAUUCAUCGCAGAUGACGAAGAACUCCUUAUCGGUGUCUCGAGACCACUUGCCUUUCAGCUUCCAAUCGAUGAUGCCGCACCGUGCGCAUACUUUGCUGGAGGGAGUGGUAUAGCGCCGUUCAGAAGCUUCUUUCAGGCACGCGCUGGAAGGUCAGUAGGCAAGAACAUUUUGUUUCUCGGCGUACAAUCUCGAGAGAAAUUCUGCUAUGAGGACGAACUUCGAGAGUACAUCAACGCUGGCUUCAUGGAAGUCUAUACUGCCUUCUCUCGCGAUUCUCGAGGGCUGGUGUACGACCGGAGUCUCAGAGAUCUGGUUGAGAAAGAGAUUUCGCCACGAUACAUCGACAGCGCAAUCAUUGAGGAGGGUGCCACUGUAUGCGAUCUGAUAAUGUCAAAGAAGCAAGGCGGGCUUGGAGGGUAUCUCUAUGUUUGCGGUUCGCUAUCUGUGUUUGAUUCCGUGAUGUCUGGCAUCAGAAGAGCAAUCUACAACCACCGAACCACUAGCAUGGAGACAACGGACGUUAUCCUAGACACUGCUUUUGCCGAACGAAGAUUCAUGAUUGACGUCUUCAUGAGUCCGAAACCACUCCCAUGCAAUACUCCAACUAUUCCGCUAUCGCAGUUGGCGAUGCAUACGGGACACCAGAAAGGAAGUCGCAUCUUCAUCGCGGUACACGGAAGUGUUUAUGAUGUGACUGAUUUCUGUCCUAUGCAUCCUGGUGGGACGAACAUCAUCAAGUCAAAUGCUGGAGUCGACUGCUCCAAAUCGUUCGACCUCCUCGCGCACACCAACAAUCCGGAAGUCUCAAGUCUACUGAACAAGUACUUCAUUGGACAUCUCAGCCCAAAGCCCGACUUCCAUCAUGCUGAUGAAAUUAGCAUGCUGUACGAUCUCUGGUCUGAUUAUCUUCGAACUGCUGUCGAGACCCUCGUUUCACAAGCAUUUGAAGUUCAUGAGUUUAUGGAAUCAUCGAAUCUUUGGUUUCAAGGGAGUCUACUCAAUAUGGGUGGUGUGAGAAGAUUCUAUCAUCAUCAGUCGCGUUUGCUGCAAGGGGGGUUCUCUUCUUUGUUCGGAUCCAAGCUCCAAGAGCUAUAUCUCAAAUUGUCCUUCACGCUGGCGAAUAUUUCAACAAGCAGCAGUCCAAGCCGUCUACCAGACAUUCUCGGUAUUAUCGCACGCGCGAAAGGCUCGCCAGAUGCCAUGAGAACCUCAAGCGAAGUAUCGCAAAUUGGGGAAUUCACGUCAAACAGCGAGGCAGCACGUUUCCAUGAACAAGGUAUCCUUGACUAUGCUCGCAAGUCGGUACAAUUGGAUAUGGAGCUACUUGAAGGAAUACGAGAAGAGGCAUGCCGUGGUAUGGAUGCAUUCGAUUCGAUCAUGGAUUUGGAUGCCCCAUCUGAGUCUCAGCGUAUCACGGCACUCUCAACAUUUUUGUUGCAAGUUUGUGAGAGAAUGGCCGUCAGGUUAGAGGGAUUCUACUCAAAGCUAGCACAGCACUCAGUCUAUCAUCCUGAGAUGGAACCAAACCCUGCUAGGACAAGAUGGAAUCUUCUGCGGCGCAAAGUGUGCGACGGAUCAUUCUUCGUCCUUACACAAGAUAUGGCCAUGAACACUUCAAUAUCCUAUACUCCGCAUCGAAGUCAAGAUGCUGUCGAAUUUGACCAUGUUGUCUCUCAGAUCCAACAAAACAUCAACCGCUCUCCAUACUUACAACAACGACCACUGGAUCUGACUGAGCAACAUGUAGCCCGAGGGGAAGUUUCUACCGGCAUCUCGGCAUAUGAAUCUUACGAGAAUGGGAAUGCCCUGAAACAAAUGUCUUCGUUCAUGAACAGCAAUAUGCGGGCAAUUCGACGACUAAGCAAGAUGCCCAGCACAGGUGUGAGCCUCGAGCAGCUCAUGAGUGCUUAUGCUCCCAAAUCCCAGCAACUUCCUACCCCGCCAUCAAGCCGUUCAUCGAGUCGAUCGUCAAAGGGCUCGACAGAUCUAGGAAGAGACAACAAGAGGCAACUCCAUGGACUAAAUACUCGUGGUCGUUCAGUUGAUAUGCCAUCGCUAGGACUUCAACGUCGUGGCACCAACUCAUCAAACGGAAGUAUGUACCAUGGAAAUAGACCCCCAUCGCCGGUGAGAACGCCACCGCCUACACAAGCACUUCCGAGAUCUACUUCUUUGCCGAUAGCCCCUAUGUCAGCAGCUGAAGCUCUACCUGCUAUGCUUAGCAAGAUGAAAAUGAACAGGCGGCAGACAGCUGGAACAGUGCCGCCUUCACCAGCGUACGGUGUUGGUCGAGGGACAAUGGUGAAUGGUAUGCAAAGCAUGAGAUCUUCGAUGGCAAGUAGUGAGAAUGCAGGCGCGGGCAUGGAACAUUCGAGAGCGACAUCAAUGACGGGAAGCUUGCGGACAUUGAAGUUACAAGAAGUGAGGGUACAGCCUACAUUCUGAUUGUAUUGAUGCUUGUUCAUAGUUUUGUUGUCUACCACUUCUGAAGAGUGUCUUGAAACCAAAUUACG